CACAGCUGCAGUCAGUGAGGAAUAGGAAGGCAAGAAGAGGAGAGGCGUCUCCUCAGUGCCUUUCUUUUCACGAAAUGCAGAACAUUUAUCAGUUGAUCAUGGCACAAAGAACUUUGCUUACAGUUUCUGUAACUUUGAUGCUCAUCGGAUACACUCAGGCUCAACAGAGAGGAUUGUUUCCUGCCGUUCUUAAUCUUGCUUCUAACGCUAUAAUAACAGCAAAUGCUACAUGUGGUGAAAAUGGACCUGAAAUGUUUUGCAAGUUGGUAGAACAUGUUCAAGGACCAGCUCUUAGAAGACAUCCUCAGUGCCGUACCUGUGACCAGAAUUCCCCUGACUUGCGCUAUCCGAUCACUCAUGCUAUCAAUGGCAAAAGGUCCUGGUGGCAAAGCCCAAGCAUUAAAAAUGGGAAGGAGUACCACUAUGUGACAAUUACACUAGAUCUUCAACAGGUUUUUCAGAUUGCUUAUGUUAUCAUUAAAGCUGCCAACUCCCCACGGCCUGGAAACUGGAUUCUAGAAAGAUCUCUUGAUGGUAUUACUUACAAACCAUGGCAGUUCUAUGCCAUCACUGACAGCGAGUGUUUGACCCGAUAUAAUAUUUUCCCCCGACCUGGAACCCCCUCAUACAUGCAGGACGAUGAAGUUAUCUGUACAUCUCAUUAUUCAAGGAUUCACCCACUUGAAAAUGGAGAGAUUCACACUUCCCUGGUUAAUGGAAGACCAAGUGCUGACGAUCCAUCUCCAACACUAUUAGAAUUUACAUCAGCUCGCUUCAUUCGACUCAGGCUACAGAGGAUCCGUACCUUAAAUGCUGAUUUAAUGAUGUUAGACGACAACGAUCUAAAAGAUAUUGAUCCAAUUGUCACAAGAAGGUACUACUAUUCUAUAAAAGAUAUUUCUGUGGGAGGAAUGUGCAUCUGCUACGGUCAUGCAAGGGCUUGUCCGUGGGAUCCAAAGACUAAUAAAUCAUCCUGUGAAUGUGAACACAAUACAUGUGGAGCCAGCUGUGAUAGAUGUUGUCCUGGGUUCCACCAAAAGCCUUGGCGUGCUGGAACCUUUCUCACAAAACAUGAAUGUGAAGCAUGUAAUUGUCAUGGGAAGACAGGUGAAUGCUAUUACGAUCAAGAAGUGGCUAACAAGAAUCAGAGUCUGAAUAUUAAUGGCGAUUACAUUGGUGGAGGAGUCUGUGUCAACUGUACUGAGAACACAGCUGGAAUAAACUGUGAGACCUGUAUAGAUCGCUUUUACCGACCACAAUGGCUGUCUCCAAACCAUCCAAACCCUUGUCGGCCAUGUAAUUGUGAUCCAAUAGGCUCAGUACAUGAUGUGUGUGUAAAGGACUUAAAAGCAGCUACUGAAGAUUUGUUACCUGGAUCCUGUUUCUGCAAACCUGGCUAUGCAGGAGAGAAAUGUAACCAGUGUGAUCUGGGAUAUAAGGGAUAUCCAAAUUGUGUACAGUGUAACUGCAGCGUUUCAGGCAGCAUGAAUGAAGAUCCUUGUGUUGAUCCAUGUAUUUGCAAGGAAAACGUGGCAGGGGAUAGCUGUCAUGUAUGUAAGCAUGGCUUCUUUAACCUUCAGCGUGACAAUCCCAGCGGAUGUGACCAGUGUUUUUGUUCUGGAGUUUCAAAUAUCUGUAUCGAUUCUAGACUCACUUAUACUAAGAUCAUUGAUAUGAAUGGAUGGUACCUUACAGAAUUAGAUGGUAAUAUUAGGGUUACACCUACUAAGGACAGAUUUGAUGGCCCACAACAACUAAGUAUAAAAAGGGGAGAUGCACGAUCCCAAGGGCUACUGGAUGUCAUUUAUUGGUCGGCCCCAGCUUCAUACUUGCACAGCAAAGUUGCUGCAGUGGGAGGACAUUUAACAUACACAAUAUCCUAUGACACAUCCGUAAAAGAAGAUGCUGAGGAGUUCAUGGAUUAUCCAAGCAUCAUCAUUGAGGGUAAUGGAAUAUGGAUUAGUUUCACACAAGAUGAAGUUGACCUACAGCCAUUUGAAGAACGUACAGAAAAAGUGGUACUGCGUCCUGAAUUCUUCAGAAUGCAUUCAACAGGUUACCAAGUCAGCAGAAAGGACUUCAUGACAGUCAUGGCAAAUGUGAACAGACUUCUCAUCAGAGCAACAUACAGUAACCAACCAGACACCGUCUACAGGUUAAGUUCUGUAACCCUUGAAGUAGCUGAAAAAUUAGCGCUCGGCGGACGCACAGCUUUUGAUGUGGAGAUAUGUCAGUGCCCUCCUGGAUAUAGUGGUACUUCUUGUGAAUCCUGUUCUCCAGGACACAGACGGGUUAAUGGCACCCUCUUUGGUGGGAAUUGUGAGCCAUGUCGAUGUUUUGGUCACUCUGACUCAUGUGAUGAUAUUACCGGAUUCUGCAACAACUGCAAACACAGUACCUAUGGACAAUACUGUGAUUACUGUCUACCCGGCUUUUAUGGGAAUCCAACUGAUGGAACUGAUGAGGACUGUCUGCCAUGUGCUUGUCCUAUGAGCAUAGCCUCUAACAACUUUAGUCCAACAUGUCACCUGGACCCAACUCAUGGAUUAGUUUGUGAUGCUUGUCCUCCUGGAUAUACAGGGCUACGUUGUGAUCGGUGUGCUAAUGGAUAUUUUGGCCAACCAUUGUUACCUGGAGGAUCAUGCAAACCAUGCCAAUGUAAUGACAACCUCGACCUUUCAGCCCCAGACUGUUGUAACAGUGAAACGGGUGCAUGUCAUAUAUGUAAACCAGGUGUGACUGGAGACUUUUGCAAUAAAUGUGCAGAAGACUAUUUUGGAGAUGCUCUUGGGCCAAGGAGUUGUCAGCCAUGCAACUGUAACAUCAAUGGCUCUUUAUCCACUGCUUGCAAUGCUCAGACAGGACAGUGUGAGUGCAGAAGUAAUGUAAAAGGUCGCCAGUGUGAUGAGUGCUUGCCCCAGACAUACGGUCCUGUUUUCGCACAAGGAUGUGUCCCUUGCAACUGCAAUUCUUUUGGAUCCAAGUCAUUUGACUGUGAUGAUAAUGGUCAAUGUCGUUGUCAGCCGGGAGUAACAGGAAGUAAAUGUGACCGAUGUGCCCGUGGAUUUUACGACUUCCAAGAAGGCGGUUGUACCCCUUGUGAUUGUCCUCAUGUUGGAAAUAACUGCGAUGAAGAAACUGGUCAGUGUGUUUGUCCUCCCAACACCAUUGGAGAGCAGUGUGACAAGUGUGCCCCAAACCACUGGGGAUAUAGCAUUACCACCGGAUGCAAGGCUUGUGAAUGUGGUGGGCCCGGAUCUCUAAGCACGCAGUGUAAUCCGGAUACGGGUUGCUGUUUCUGCCAUCCAAAUUUCUCAGGAGACAAGUGUAAUAGUUGUAGAGUGGGAUACCGCAAUUAUCCCCAAUGUGUAAGCUGUGACUGCUCUUCAGCUGGAAGUAAACCCCAGAGCUGUGAUCGCGAAACUGAAAAAUGUUCUUGUGCUGAAGAAACAGGACAAUGCAACUGUAAGAUGAAUGUGGAAGGAGUCCAUUGUGACAGAUGCAAACCCAGCACUUUUGGACUUCAUGUUGGGAAUCCACUUGGUUGUAGCAGCUGUUACUGCUUUGGCCUGACUACCCAGUGUACAGAAGCAGAUGGACUGAUCCGAAUGUGGCAAUCCUUAAAGCCUGAUCAGACAGUAUUGGAAUUGACAGACUUCACCUUACAACAACGCACUACCAAAGGGGUAUUUUUCCAGCAUCCGGAGAUCAUAGCACUCAUUGAUCAAGUGAAACAAGACCUCUUCUCUGAACCAUUUUAUUGGAAGCUGCCAGAACAAUUUGAAGGUCGAAAGCUAACAGCAUAUGGAGGAAAGCUAAAAUACACAAUAUAUUUUGAAGCUCGAGAAGAAACUGGACCAUCAGCCUAUGAGCCCCAAGUUGUUAUUAGAGGUGGUCCCCGCACAAACCACAGAAUUAUUGUACGGAACGUGCCAGACCCUCAAAAUGGCCAACUGACUAGACAUGACAUUGAGAUGACAGAGUUUGAAUGGAAACAUAUGGAUGGAGGAUCUGUUAGCCGUGAAGACUUCAUGGAUGUUUUAUAUGACAUACAUUACAUUCUAAUAAAGGCAUCGUAUGGGAGAGUAUUGAGACAAACCAGAAUUUCUGAAGUAUUUCUGGAAGUAGCAGAAGAAGGCACUUCUUUCACCAUGAGUCCAAGGGCCAACCUGAUUGAGAAAUGUGAAUGCCCAAUAGGAUACUACGGGCUUUCAUGUGAGUCGUGUGCUCCUGGAUUCUACAGGAUGGCUCCCGCUUCCCCGGGUAGGAGGCCUGGCCCUACUCUUGGGACAUGUGUACCCUGUCAGUGCAAUGGGCACAGUGAUAUGUGUGAUGCCCAGACCUCUGUUUGUCAGGUCUGUAAACAUAACACAACUGGAGACCAUUGUGAGCAGUGUGCAGCAGGGUUCUAUGGAAUAGUCAGAGGCUUCCCAGAUGACUGUCAUCCUUGUGCCUGUCCACUCCACAUAGCCAGCAACAAUUUCAGCCCAACAUGCAUCAUACAAGGAACUAAUGAUUACAGAUGUACAGCUUGUCCUCGGGGAUAUGAAGGCCAGUACUGUGAAAGGUGUGCAUCUGGUUAUACUGGUAAUCCAAGUAUCCCAGGGGGCUCCUGUCAGGAAUGUAAGUGUAACCCUUACGGAUCAUUGUCCAUGAUCUGUCAUCCAAGCACUGGCCAAUGCACGUGUAAACCUGAAGCUACAGGCCUGAAGUGUGGUGGCUGCACUGACCGGCAUGUUCGAGAGGGUCCAGUGUGUGCAUUUUGCGAUGAUGAAUGUACAGGCCUCCUUCUUGAUGACUUGGAUCAGCUAAACCAGAUGGUCAUGAGCGUCAAUCUUUCUGGCCCACUGCCUCCUCCAUACAGAAUGCUGUUUAGCAUUGAAAAUGAGACUCAGGAAUUGAAGCAUUUACUGUCACCUCAACGAGCUCCUGAAAGACUGCUCCAGCUGGCACAAAACAACCAAGAUACUCUUGUCAUUGAGAUAGAUGAGCUACUGAACAGGGCGGCUAAAGUAUCCGCAGAUGGGGAGCAGACUGGGAAGGAUGCUGAAAGGACAAACGAAAGGGCAAAACAACUGCAGGAUUCUGUAAAGGACACCCUACAGACAGCAAAGGACUUAUAUGACAAAGCUGUAAAGCUGAAUGAAACUCUGGGUAUACAAAACAAAACACAGGACAAAAGUUUCCAAGAGCUUCAGAAGGAUGUUGACAAGAUGAUGUCGGAGCUCAGGAAAAAAAUGUUUAAGAAUCAGGAAAAAACUGCUGCUGAUGAGUUAAAGGCAGCAGAAGGUCUUCUCAAUAGAGUGAAGAAGUUAUUUCUGGAUCCUCAUAAUAAAACUAAUGACUUAAAUCUUGAGGUAAAGGACAAGUUAAGUCACUUUCAAGACAAACUGGAUGAUAUCUUGGACAUGUUACGGGAGGCCCAGGGGAAAAUAAAAGAAUCCAACAAUCUUUCAGCUAUCAAUAAACACAAUAUGACUUCUCUGGAGGGACAUAAGCAAGUUGUUGAAAAAGGCAAGAAAGAGACAGAGAACACCCUAAGCGAGUCUGAUGAAAUCAUGACAGAAGUCAACAACUUUGCACAAAAUGUUAAUGAAGGGGAAAAUGAAUUGAUGGAUAGAAAUAAAGAACUUCCACAACUGGCUCAAAGACUGAAUAAAAAAAUAAACAACCUCACUGAGGAGAUCCAAACAAGGGAUCUUCCAGAGCAAGUACUCCAGGCAGAACUGCAAGCAGCCCAGUUAAACCAAUCUUCUGCAAAGCUUGAUGGGAUCCUUGCUGAAGCUAAAAACCUCUCAUUUAAUGCUACGGUGGCUUUCAAUGCAUACAGCAAUAUCAAGGACUCGAUAGACAAUGCUGAUGACAUUGCAAAAGAGGCCAAAGCCAAGGCGAAUGAGGCAGGAGAACAGGUUACUGGUCCCCAGGGAUCCUUAAAAGAUGAAGCAAAAAGUUCCAUCCAAAAAAGCUUCCGAGUUCACACUGAUGCUAAAACCCAGUCUCAAGAUUUAAAAGAAAAUGAGAAUGAACUAGCUGCAAUGAAGGAUAGACUGCAAAAUGCAGAUGAAAAAAAUCAAAAUUUGGUUGGAGCUCUUAAUGACACACUUGCAAAGCUAUCUGCAAUACCCAAUGAUACAAUAGUGAAAAUUCAGACCGCAAAAGACAAAGCCAAGCAAGCAAAUGAUACUGCCAACGAUGUUCUUGCACGCAUCAAAGAUCUUAAUCUGAAUCUCCUGGGGUUGAAACAGAACUACAGUGCACUGAAAGAAGAUGUAGCUAAAACCAAUGCUGUUGUAAAAGUCGAAAACGUUACAGAUGCUGGCGACAGAGUAAAGCAGCUUGAAAAAGAAGCCGAUCGCUUAUUGGAUAAACUGAAACCUAUUAAAGAACUUCAGGACAACCUGGGUAAAAAUAUCUCUCAAAUCAAGGAGCUGAUAAAUCAAGCACGUAAACAAGCUAAUUCUAUCAAAGUUUCGGUAUCAUCCGGUGGGGACUGCAUACGUACUUAUAAGCCUGAGAUUAAAAAAGGCAGAUAUAACACCAUUAUUUUAAAUGUUAAAACAACUACUCCUGACAAUCUUCUCUUCUAUCUUGGGAGCAACAAAUUUACUGACUUCCUAGCUAUUGAAAUGAGAAAAGGAAAGGUGAACUUCUUGUGGGAUGUAGGAUCAGGAGUUGGACGAGUUGAAUAUCCUGACUUAAACAUCAAUGAUGAUUCUUGGUAUAGAGUUGAAGCUUCUCGGUCAGGAAUUAAUGGGACCAUUUCAGUGCAGGCACUAGAUGGUCCUAAAGCCAGUAUUGUGCCCAGUAUAUACAGCUCUACAUCACAGCCUGGUUAUACCAUUAUGGAUAUUGAUGCAAAUGCCCUGUUGUUUGUUGGUGGCUUGACUGAAAAAAUAAAGAAGCCUGAUGCUGUUAAAACAACAACAUUUUCUGGCUGCAUGGGAGAAACAUUUUUUGAUGGCAAACCAAUUGGAUUAUGGAAUUUCAGAGACAGAGAAGGUGACUGUAAAGGAUGCAGUGUCAGCCCACAGAUUGCUGAUAGUGAAGGCACUGUUCAAUUUGAUGGAGAAGGAUAUGCACUGGUCAACCGCCCUGUUCGUUGGAACCCCAAUAUUUCCACAAUAAUGUUCAAAUUUAAAACAUUUACCUCAGAUGCCCUGCUUGUCUACCUGGCAACAAAUGACUUGAAAGAUUUCAUGAGUGUCGAGCUGAGUGAUGGGCGUAUAAAAGUUAGCUAUGAUCUGGGAUCAGGGACGGCCUCUGCAGUUAGCAACAAGAAUCAUAAUGAUGGAAAAUGGAAAUCUUUCACCCUGUCUAGAAUACAGAAACAAGCCAAUUUCUCAAUUGUGGAUAUGGAUACAAAUGAAGAGGAUAAAAUAACCACCAUAUCAACCGGAAGUAACUUUGGCCUAAAUCUUAAGGCUGAUGAGAAGAUCUACUUUGGUGGUCUUCCUGGACUGACCAGUCUAAGGCCAGAGGUAAAUCUGAAGAAGUACGUGGGCUGUCUGAAGGAUAUCGAGGUCUCCAGGACACCAUACAACUUACUCAGCAGCUCUGACUACAUUGGAAUAACCAAAGGUUGUUCAUUGGAGAAAGUGCUUUCGGUUAGUUUUUCAAAACCUGGUUAUAUAGAAGUGCCACCAGCAUCAAUCGAUGUCGGGACAGAAAUUACAUUAUCAUUCAGCACCAAAAAUGAGUCUGGAAUGAUCUUAUUCGGCAACGGAGGAACUCUUAUUUCACCAAGAAGAAAACGUAGACAAAGUGGACAGUCUUUUUAUGCAGUUCUAUUAAGAAAAGGGAGAUUGGAAGUUUCUGUCCCAGGACCUAAAGAGACACAUCGAAUAACCAUUAGACCUGAGAAAGGAGAAUUUCAUGAUGGCAAAGAACAUUCUGUCCGAAUAGAAAGAUCAGGAAACUUAUUUACUGUACAAGUCGAUGAGGAUCGAAGCCAGACACUAAAACUGCCAGCCAGUCAUUCCAUAAGUGUGAAAAAGCUAUUUGUAGGUGGAAUCCCAUCUGAUGUACAAUUUCCCAUGUACAAGAGCAUACCGCCAUUUGAAGGGUGCAUUUGGGACCUAUUGAUCAAUGCAGUGCCAGUAGACUUUGCACAACCUGUGUCUUUUGAGAAUGCAGAUAUUGGACAGUGCCUCCCACAGGAAGAAGAUGGAGACAUAGACAGCAGUGGAACACCUGGUGCCACCACGUCACCGCAAGUCAUCCCUGGUCCUAUCUCAUCCACUGAUCCCGACACCACUGAAGUGAAGAGUGCCAAUAUCACAGAUGAGCUUGAUUCUACAACGGGUUGCGCAGCCGACAUAAGACCAGAGAUUGUACAAGGAGGAAAGCAGUUUGGCCUCUCCAGAAACAGCCACAUGGCAUUUGCAUUUGAUGAUACCAAAGUAAAAAACAGCCUAUCAAUAGAACUUGAACUUCGCACUACGGAAGAUUCAGGUUUGAUAUUCUACAUGGCCAGGAUCAACCAUGCCGAUUUUGCCACAAUUCAGAUAAAAGAUGGAAUGGCACACUUUAGAUACGACCUUGGAAGUGGAGACACUACCACAAUGGUUCCUCAAAGAGUGAAUGAUGGAGAAUGGCAUAAGAUAAACAUAUUCCGAACAAAGCAGACAGGAUAUCUAUUUGUCGAUGGAAUCGCAAACAGUACAAACAGUCCAAAGAAAGCAGACAUACUGGAUGUGGUGGGCAUGCUGUACGUUGGCGGACUGCCUAUUAAUUAUACUACCAAGAGGAUUGGCCCGGUCCUUCACAGUAUUGAUGGAUGCAUUCGGAAUUUUAGAAUGGUAGAAGGAAAUACAGACUUUAAGAGCCCCACCUCCAGCUUUAAUGUUGGGUCAUGUUUUGCUAAUCCACAGAAAGGAACAUAUUUUGAUGGAUCAGGGUUUGCAAGGACACUGGGAGCUUUUAAAGUAGGUACAGAUCUGUUAAUAGAAAUAGAAUUCCGUACAACAAGGACUAAUGGUGUUCUUAUUGGAAUCAGUGGCAAAAAAAUGGAUGGACUGGGCAUUGAACUGGUGGAUGGUAAACUUCUUUUCCAUGCAGAUAAUGGAGCUGGUCGUUUUACAGCGGUUUAUGAACCCGAGGUGGCAGGUAGCUUGUGUGAUGGACAGUGGCACAAAGUGAUGGCGAACAAAAUAAAGUAUCGUUUAGAGAUGAUUGUUGAUGACAACAAAGUAGAAGCUACAAGUCCAAAUGCUGCUUCCACCUCUGCAGACACCAAUGAUCCAGUCUUUGUAGGAGGAUAUCCUGAAGAUGUGAAGCAGUUUGGCCUGACCACUCAAGUAAGCUUUAAAGGGUGCAUAAGAAAUCUCAAACUUGCCAAAGGUACUGCCAGACCACAAGAGAUCAACUUCAGCAAGUCACUGGAAAUAAAAGGAGUGCAGCCAUUGUCAUGUCCAUGAUCACAGUUCUAUCCAGAGACCAAUAACUGCAACAGUUCCAUGCUAUAAUGUGUGUUAUUUGAACUUCCAAAGGUGCCAUAUCUUUUAUUGUCAAUGUAACUCAUAAACUAAUGGAUUUCCCCAUAUGUUAAAUAAAGAGCAU